AUGCCGAGCCGAGCGACGCACAAGAACUCGAAAAUGAUUGGCGCCGAUGGCGGUGACCUUGCAGAGGAGUCGGAGGCCAAGAAGAAAAAGAAGAAGGAGAGGGAUCCCCUGGAUUGGGAAGAUGACAAGUUUCCGAAGAUGGCAGACCGGCCAGUCGAGCAGGCACAGGUCGAUCCGAGCUACCUUGCGAAGAUGCGUCAGGAGGCCAAGAAGCAAUACAUUGAAGCACUGGGCCCCGACCCGGCGAAGGUGCAGCGAACGUGGAAGUUCCACUUUGGCAUCUGUGCGCUGGAGAAUGUCACGCAGAAUGAGUGGGAGGUCUUCGUGGCCGUGUCAGAGACCGGAAACAAGUUUGAUCAAUUCAAAAAUCGGCUCCACGGCAACUUCCAGUACACCAAGGGCUACAAAGUAAGGGGCCAUACCCGGAAGAAGUUCAAAAGAAUGGAGCAGGUCUACAGCAAAGAGCACAACCUGAGUUACAAGCAAAUGCAGAACCACUUCGUGACGAUGGAUGUGUGGACCGUCAGCAAGCUGCAGUUCAACACCUUACUGGGCACUGCCAAGCGCAGCUUCUACGACCUGGCAAACGACAAUGUCUACCAGUACAUCGGCAUCAAAGCGGCCGGGCAGGCUCAGGCGCAGAAGGGGGCUGCUACAGAAGAGGAGACGCAGAAGAAAGGAUUCCAGAUUGGCAACGUCUUCGUCCAAUGCCUUUGCUCCGAGAUCAUGCGCUUCGACAUCGCCUUGAACAACUGGCAGUUCCUGCCAAAGCCGGAACUGAAGGACAACACGACGAAGAAGAAGCUCCGGCUUGGGAUUCCCACAGGCCCCAAGAAGGGCAACGACACCUUCGAGACCGAGCCAUCGGAUCCCCCUGUGUACAGCUGGGCUCGGGGCGGCAUGUUCAUCUACAAAGGGACGAAGGAAAGCCUCAACAAUGAGGUCUUGACGAUUGAGGUUCUUGGCCAGAAGGGUGGCCAGUGGGCGCCGCAGGGCAAGGCCUUGGUCGGCCUUCGGGGAGCUAUCGACUACCCCAUCGCCGUGGGCGUGGUGAAGAUCCUGACGACUUCCAAGAACGACUACGUGCAAGGUCGAGCGGGUGGAUCCAUUUCCAUGGCCAUGCGAUCACUGGCCUUGAAGCCUGGGCAAAACGAUGAGGACUCGUCUGUCCCGCGGCCCAUGCAGGACCUCACCUCGCUGACGAUGUACUACAUCCAGGGAAGCGUCCAACACCUGGUCGUCACGGUGAAUGGGGCAGAUGGCCUUCCGGUUGCCGAUCCAGACUACGGCUCCUCCAACCCGUUCGUUCGCGUGAAGUACGACGGCACCGUGGAGCAAAGUCCUGUGGUGAUGGCCUCCCUGGCCCCUUGUUGGAAUCACACGUUCUACAUCCCGGUCCGCUUCAUCGACCCGUGCAUCUACAAAGACAAAGCAUACAAGAAGAAUAUCUUUCCGGAGGACCUACGUCCCCUGGUCCUUUUGUAUCUUGGGGAGUCUCCUUUUACUUCCUGGUCUGGUCUGGACUUGACGGCCAUCUCUGCCCGCACUGUCGCCUUACACAAGACAGGCCGAUCCUUCGCGGUGAUCCAGGGGCUGGCCUUGGAUGCCUUUGACUCCCUGGAUGAUCACCAGAAACUUGCAUGUGCCGCGCGCCAGAUCCAGGAGCUCUGCGAUCGCGGCUUGGAGCUGAUCCGGGCUUCCUCCGUGCAUGAAGAGGAGGAGGAGGAGGAUGAAACUCCCGAAAGUGGCGGCGAGGCAGAACUGGAAAGUGACUUCGGGGAGGAAGAGAUGCUUCUGACUUUGUUGAAAAUCUGUACCAGCAUGAGCUUCUCUGCUGCCUCCGACAGGACGUCCGCUAUCCGACAGGUGCGCCGAACGGCGAGGCAUUUACUGCAUCGCUGCGAAGUGAGUGAAGCGUAA